AUGAAGACCUCUCUCUUCUUGACCUAUGCAGCUCUGACAACUGCCACAAUCAUCCAGCCCCCACCUGGAGACUACGGUGUCGCAUCCUCUACCAUGGAGCUCGUCGACACCUCGAGGAACGACACCUACGCACCUUUAUCAGAACAUCGCCGUAUCAUGGUCUCCACCUACUACCCAGCAACUUCCCUCAAGAAAUGUCAACCCGUCAUUGUCCCAUACAUGACCCCCGCAACCGCAGCCGUCUACGAUCAGAUGUACGCACCCCUCGGUAUCCCCAAUGGCACUUUUGCAUCCUUUGAAUUGUCUACUUGUGCUUUCCCUCGCAAGGAUCGCAGCAGAAAGUCCAACGGCUUUCCAGUUGCUCUGUUCUCGCCCGGCUUGGGUAAUUCCCGCUUGAUGUACGGUGCGAUGGCUCAAUCACUGGCUAGCCAUGGCUUUGUGGUCAUCACUCUGGACCAUGCCUACGAUGCCGCUAUCGUCGAGUAUCCUGACAAGACCGUCGCAAUUGCUGUGAAUAUCGAAUCUAAUGAGCAGAUUGAAGCAGACGUGAUGGUUCGCCAACACGAUGUUUCAUUCCUGAUUGAUCAACUGCACGAUUGCUCCAUCAGACAACAGCUCUUUCACAAUAUCGCAGACACCAGAUCUCUCGACAAAAUUCUCAUGGCUGGCCACUCUCUAGGCGGUGCAACCGCUGCAGCUGCAAUGCUCGCAGAUACCCGCGUUGCUGCAGCCGUAAACCUCGAUGGCACUCUCUUCGGCGAUAUUCUGCACAAGAACUUCACAUCGCCUUUCAUGAUCGUGAGCCACCAAGGCAAGAAUCUCAGCACUGAUGUUUCGUGGAUCCAAGCUUGGAGCAAUGCAAUGGGCACAAAGCUUGCUGUCACGCUAAAUGGCACCCAACAUGGAUCUUACACCGACUUGCCUCUGUUGGCGAAUACUCUGGGGCUUACAGGUAAUGUGAGCGCCGAGAUUGGCGAGCUUUUGGGUACGAUGGAGGGAGCGAGGGCUGUUGAGCUCGUCGACACUUUUGUGCUGCAGUUCUCCAACUUUGCUAGAGGAGCGAGUAAGGCUUUGUUGCCCGCGGGCAUGGCCGGUAAGUUUCCCGAAGCGAGAGUGCUGGACGAACAGGUCCACAAGCGCCAGUGCUGA